AUGGCCCGCGGUGGGCGCCGCUGGCCUCACCGCCUCUGCCGGGGGAAUAUGGUGGCGGCGGGGGUGCUGGCCGGGCUCUCGCUGCUCAGCCUCCUCACCUACGGCUACCUGGCCUGGGACAGUCUCGGGCUCGGCCCCGCGCAGACGGAGGCGACGAGCACCGGGCUGGGAGAGGAGCCGGGGGCCGGCGGCCUGAGCUCGCAGCCUCACAUCAUCUUCAUCCUGGCUGACGAUCAGGGAUUCCGAGACGUAGGGUACCACGGAUCGGAGAUCAGGACACCCACUCUGGACAAGCUAGCUGCUGAAGGGGUUAAACUGGAGAACUACUAUGUUCAGCCUAUGUGCACACCAUCCAGAAGCCAAUUUAUCACUGGAAAGUACCAGAUACACACUGGCCUUCAGCACUCCAUAAUACGGCCAACCCAGCCCAACUGCUUACCUCUAGAUAACGUCACGCUACCUCAGAAGCUGAAGGAGGUGGGUUAUUCUACGCACAUGGUGGGCAAGUGGCACCUGGGCUUCUACCGCAGGGAGUGCAUGCCCACGCAGAGGGGCUUCGACACGUUCUUUGGCUCGCUGCUGGGCAGCGGUGACUAUUACACCCACUUCAAAUGUGACAGCCCUGGCAUCUGUGGCUACGACCUGUAUGAGAACGACAACGCGGCCUGGGAUCACGACAAUGGCAUCUAUUCAACGCAGAUGUACACACAAAAAGUAGAGCAAAUCUUAGCUUCUCAUAACCCUAGGAAACCCAUUUUCCUCUAUAUUGCUUACCAAGCUGUUCACUCACCCCUGCAGGCACCAGGCAGGUAUUUUGAGCACUAUCGAUCGAUAAACAACAUCAACAGGCGGAGGUACGCUGCCAUGCUGGCUUGUUUGGAUGAAGCCAUCCACAAUGUAACCCUGGCUUUGAAGAAAUAUGGUUACUAUGACAACAGCAUUAUCAUAUAUUCUUCAGAUAAUGGGGGGCAGCCAAUGGCUGGAGGAAGUAACUGGCCUCUACGAGGAAGCAAAGGGACUUACUGGGAAGGAGGUAUCCGUGCUAUUGGGUUUGUCCAUAGCCCUCUUCUGAAAAACAAAGGGUCUGUGUGUAAGGAGCUUGUGCACAUCACAGACUGGUUCCCCACUUUGAUCACACUGGCAGAAGGACAGAUUGAUGAAGAUAUCCAGCUGGAUGGCUAUGAUAUAUGGGAAACCAUUAGUGAGGGCAGACGUUCUCCACGGGUAGACAUCUUACACAACAUUGACCCCAUUUACACCAAAGCCAAAAACGGGUCCUGGGCAGCUGGCUAUGGGAUCUGGAACACUGCCAUCCAAUCUGCUAUCAGAGUGAAUCACUGGAAACUACUGACAGGGAACCCAGGAUACAGUGACUGGGUACCUCCCCAGGCCUUCAGCAACGCUGGCCCCAACCGCUGGCACAACGAGCGCGUUUCCUGGUCGGCUGGCAAAACCGUGUGGCUGUUCAACAUCACUGCGGACCCCUACGAGCGAGUGGACCUCUCUGCCAGGUACCCAGACGUGGUGAAGCAGCUGUUGCGCAGGCUCUCACAGUUCAACAAGACUGCGGUUCCUGUUCGAUACCCGCCAAAGGACCCUCGGAGUAACCCCAAGCUGAACGGAGGAGUCUGGGGUCCAUGGUUUAAGGAGGAUGAAAAGAAAAAGAAAUCAGAUAAAAGUAAAGGUGCAAACAAGCAAAAGAAGAACAAGAAAAAGGCAAAUCGGAAAAAAGGGCAAUUGCCACACUGCCGUUCACGUCUCGCUGGUGGAUAGGCUGGAAGCAUGCUCUUCUGCCAGGUCUGAGUCAGCCUGGCCCAACUGCCUUCAACUUCUGACAGGACAUACUAGAAACGCUAGCUCUGCACUACAGAUGAAAGUUGUCAUCUUUUAAUGUUUUCUUUGUUGUCACCAGCAUGAGGUAUCUCAACACUCUGCCUUCAGUCCACAUGACGAGCUGUCACCUCUAUGGGAUGGAUGGUGCUCACUCAUCAUAGCUACAUUCCAGAGAGCAAUGGCAAUAACACCUGAUUUCACUAAACUCUGUUUUGAGACAAAUGGUGACUCCUUGCCUAAAUUAGUUGGAAUAUUUGGAGAGCGUGGAGAUAUUAAUGGCAAAUGUUCUCAAACUGACAAAGAGAAAGGAAAAACAAAACCUGAGAACCUCUGUAGGUCUGAAACCUAUGACAUUUCUUGAUACAGCACAGCAAAAACAUGAAGCCAUCAGAGUAACUUUUUAGAGGGGCUUGGAAAGGGACCCAUGCUAGGAGGAAAGCUGCUCUGAAUUAGACUUUGUCUUACAGAAAUCAGAAAUAUUUUGAAAGUUGGCUAGAUGUGCUAAGUCCCCCUACUUGCAGUAAACCCAGAAGGCUGUUAGUGAACACAGAUGAACAGCCAGCACACGCCACGUAUAAUUUAUUAUAGGCACAGACAAAAACACAUCACCAAAGUGAAUGUAAUAUUUAAACACUUUAAGAUUCCAACAACAUAUAAAAGACAUAAUUUAUUUUACAGCACAAGACUUAUUUCUCUGCCAUGAAAACUUUAAUUACUGGGUGAUGCAAAGUACCCCUUUGGGUGCAAGAGCUGUUUGGGUUUGGUGGUUUGUGGUUUGGUUUUUAGUUUAUUUUGAUUUUUAAUUUUAUUUCCACUCUAUCAUUCAGAGUUUUAUUUAACAGAUCCAUAUCCUCAGAGUACUGUAAACCAAGAAGAUACUGUACACACUGCUAGGAUGAGAAAGUGAUUCAGGUGCAUCAUUUCCUUAUGUAUUUGCCUCCAGUUAUUUUGAAUGUAACAAAGUGAUUAUUUAAUUUAGGAGUCACGUGAAUACUGUUUGGUUUCUGUACAGAAGCUAGACCAUCUUUAUGGGUUUUUUUGAGGGCAAAUUCUACUUUAAACCUUUUAUUUAUGUAUCUAUUAAAAUAGUUUAUUUUUAUGGCAUUCAUAAAA